AUGGUCGUAUCGAUGGAGAACAGAUAUUUUUCUGCGAAGACGUCGGGUGUGAAGUGUGGAAAUUGGACGAAGGAUCGCAUGACGACAAUGGACACGACCCUGACUCUUGAUAUGAGCCACGCACAGAACUCGGAGACCCCAUCUGGCACUGGCUGGAUAUGGGGAUGCGAGACAUACUGGAAUGAGAUGUAUGGCUUCCACUGGACCACGAGACUGAAGCCUCCCGUGCACAGUACAGAAACCGGAUUCGAAACGAUUUCACUCGACAGUCCCAAAGGGUACGCCAUUCUGAUCUGA